CGGAUACAGAUCUUUCUAGCACACAAAGUGUUCGACGAAAUUCCUCAGAGAGCUCCUUAGAACUUGCUGAUAAAUUCCCACCAUGAAACUGAGACGAAUCCUCGGCUCUGUUUCGCGUCUCGCUACAGAAAAGCUCUCUUCGUCUUCCUCGUAUCCUUCCCGUUGCCCGUCUAGACAGAUCUUCACGGCGCGGUCAUCUUCUUCGCCACGAAACGUCGGAAGUAACCACUCAGAAGCGUUACCAGGAAAUCACAUCAAAUGGGCAUCGCUUGGUUCAGUCAGAAACUCGAGAUUCGCAUCUGGGUUCUCACCUUUGAAGCAGAAACCGUUGGAUUCGAUCAUGGAUUUGGCUAGAGCCAAAACCAAAUCUCCCGAGGAGCUCACUUCGAUCUGGGAUGAUUAUCACUUGGGACGAGGUCACAUUGGGAUCACUAUGAAAGCUCAGCUUUAUCGUUUGUUGGAGCAACGAGCAACCGAGUGCCGAUACUUUGUUAUUCCAUUGUGGAGAGGAAAUGGUUACAUUACAAUGUUUGCUCAAGUUGAAGCGCCUCACAUGAUAUUCACUGGUCUCGAAGACUACAAAGCGAGAGGAACUGAAGCGGCUCCUUACUUGACUACCACUUUCUACACUGAGCUUGCAGAGACGAAAGACUUGGUGUUUAUCCGAGGUGAUGUUGUGUUCACAAGCAAACUCACUGAUGAGGAGGCGAAAUGGCUCAUGGAGACAGCUCAGUCGUUUUACUUGAACGACACUCGGUACAAGCUGCUCGAACGGUUCAAUAAAAAUACUCAUGAGUUUGAGUUCAAGGAUGUGUUACAAGCUCUUGAUAUGCCUAUUCUCUGAUUUGAGAAUAAUCAAGAAAAACAACAAAAAAACAUUUUCUGAUUUUUGAGUUCUUGAGAUACCUUUGUAUUAGAAUUGCUUCUGGGAAUAUCAGAUUCUAGAGAUUUUGCUCUUCAAUAAACGGUUUUGAGUGAAGGGGUCAAAUCCAAAAUUGGC